AUGGGAGGGAGGCUACCGGGUGUGGGACUGCCUGCGAUUUCUUGGACUUUCCUCCCGUCUCCGCUACACACGGAUGAUCAGUCCCCCAGCGACCUCCUGGGAUCCAGCAGCGCCUGCCUGCAGGGAGCCGAGCACCCGCCGCUUCCCAGGGCUUCGCAGAGGAAGACAACCACCACUGCUGCCAUUGCGCAGGUCCUGGAACAGGUCAAACCCAUUCUCUGCACUGAGAUCCACUUGUUUCAGGAGAGUAAGGAGGCGAAAAAGGAGCAGCAGCUUUUCAGAUGGCUGGUUGCAACUCUGCGUGCCAGUCCUGGUAUCGGUCAGGCAGGCAUAGGGAGCGUGCGGGCAGAGUUUGACCUUGUAGGCCAGUUCUGCAGCCCGCAGCUCGGUGCCCAGGACGCGGCAUGGCAGGGAGGGCAGCUAUCCUCCCAGCUCUACAGAAACAAGCAGCUUCAAGAUACUCUGCUGCAGAAGGAAGAGGAACUUGCUAGGUUACAUGAAGAAAAUAAUAACCUCCGACAAUACCUGAAUUCUGCCCUGAUUAAGUGUUUAGAAGAAAAAGCCAAGAAGCUGCUAUCCUGCCAUGGCCAAAAAACCUGUGCUAUUCUCAAAAGCACCAAGAGGAGAUUAAAAGAGGACCAAUGCUUUGUUCCUCAAGAAACUCCUCAUGCUUCCAAAGCCAGAAGGAACCUCUUUAAUGAAUUCACUGCCUGUGAAGAGCAAGCCAGCCCUGGUGUAGACAGCUGGGUCUUGCAGACUCUAGGAUUAAAAGAUGUCAACACCAUUGAUGAAACUUCAGCUAACUACAGUGCCCUGUCCUCAGACCUUGGAAGAAACACGUACUGCCUGAGCACUGGUGAAACAAUAGACUAUGACCAGUGUGAAGGAGCGGCAGCAGCAUAUAGCUGCAGCCACAUCCCUCCAACUAAUAGCAGUACCCAUCCAUGCAGUGAGGACUCUCCCUUCCUUCCCCAGAUUUCUUCAGCACCAUGUGUCUCCUCAUCAGUUCCAAGCAUUUCCUCCCUCCCAGCCUAUGGGUUGCCUUAUUUGACUGGCAAUUUGUCACCCAACAAAACAGAAGUGGCCUUCACAACUUCUCUAAGUCCUCACCGCAAUGUGAGAACGCACACCUUCCACCAAGGACAAGCUUUCGUGCGCAGGGAUGAUGAUGGAGGAUGGAGAUUCACCUGGGUGCCCAAGCAGGCUGAAUAA